AUGAGUGCGUCGCAAGCCCUAAAGAGCUCAUCUCGAGCCUUGGGCAGUAUUCUGCGACAGUCAACAGCACGGACGAGUCGGUCAUGGCUGUGUGGCAGAUGCGCAUCGACACUGGCAUUGAGCGGGCCAACGCGGGCUUCCCAGACACAGCAAUGGCCGCUGGACAGGCGGUGGCAGCAGCGGCGGGGUGCUGCAGCAGCGGCUGCUGCAAUGCUCGAAGAGGCGUCCGAGCCGGACGCGCUGUCCCAGGAGACGAUCAUCGAGAACAUGUCUUCUGAUGAAUGGGCGCGGUUAUCACGGGUCCGGAACAUAGGUAUCGCUGCACAUAUUGACUCUGGCAAAACCACGGUGACCGAGCGUGUCCUCUUCUACACCGGCCGUAUCAAGUCAAUACACGAAGUCCGCGGUAAGGACUCCGUCGGCGCGAAAAUGGACUCGAUGGACCUGGAGCGAGAGAAAGGGAUCACUAUCCAGUCCGCCGCGACGUUCUGCGACUGGGUCAAGCACGAGGAAGGCAAGGAGCAGAAAUAUCAUAUCAACUUGAUCGAUACACCUGGACAUAUAGACUUCACUAUCGAAGUUGAGCGAGCGCUUCGGGUGCUGGACGGCGCGGUGAUGAUUCUGUGUGCCGUAUCUGGCGUGCAGAGUCAAACGAUUACGGUCGACAGGCAGAUGAGACGGUACAAUGUACCAAGAAUCAGCUUUGUGAACAAGAUGGACCGCAUGGGCGCAAACCCGUGGAAGCCGAUUGAACAGAUCAACAGCAAGCUGAAGAUCGCCGCAGCUGCCAUGCAAGUGCCUAUCGGUGUGGAGGAUGACUUCCGUGGUGUUGUCGACCUGGUGACCAUGAAAACCAUGUAUGCGGAGGGCGAGCGAGGCGAGAUCAUCAAGGUCGAGGACGAGAUCCCGGCCGAGGUUGCGGAUCUGGCAAAAGAGAAGAGGGCGAAACUAAUUGAGACGGUGGCCGACGUGGAUGAUGAGAUUGCUGAGCUGUUCUUGGAGGAGAAAGAGCCAACGAUCGAGCAGUUAAAGGCUGCAAUUCGCCGUGCCACCUGCGGACUCAAGUUCACUCCGGUCUUCAUGGGGUCCGCGCUGGCAGACAAGUUCAUUCAGCCUAUGCUAGAUGCUGUUUGCGACUAUCUGCCGAACCCGUCCGAGAUCAGCAAUACGGCGCUCGAUAGACGACAAGCCGAAGCGCCAGUUAAGCUAAUUCCCUACAACUCGCUCCCCUUUGUCGGUCUGGCUUUCAAGCUUGAAGAAUCGAAUUUCGGCCAACUCACCUACAUUCGCGUCUACCAGGGCAAGAUCAAAAAGGGCAUGUACCUAUUUAAUGCCCGCAAUGACAAGAAAGUCAAGAUGGCGCGCAUUGUGCGUAUGCACUCGAACGAAAUGGAAGAAGUCAACGAAGUCGGUGCUGGCGAAAUUUGCGCCGUCUUCGGUGUCGAAUGCGCUUCAGGCGACACGUUCACGGACGGCCAGCUCGGCUACAGCAUGACUUCUAUGUUCGUACCCGAACCUGUCAUCUCACUAUCCAUCAAGCCGAAACACAACAAGGAGCUGCCUGCAUUCUCCAAGGCCAUAGCACGCUUCCAGCGCGAGGACCCUACUUUCCGCGUUCACUUCGAUGCCGAGUCUGAGCAGACCAUCAUCUCCGGGAUGGGAGAGUUGCAUCUAGAAGUUUAUGUUGAGCGUAUGCGUCGCGAGUACCGGGUCGAUUGCGAGACGGGCCAGCCGCAGGUUGCAUACCGCGAGACGAUCGGCAAGCAUGUCGACUUUGACCACUUGCUCAAGAAGCAGACGGGUGGUGCUGGUGACUACGCGCGUGUUGUAGGUUGGAUGGAGCCCAAGGGCGACCUAGACGGUAACGUCUUUGAGGAGCAAGUUGUGGGUAUGUCGAUUGAUGAGAAGUACUUGUUCGCUUGCGAGAAAGGUUUCCACCUGGCCUGCGAAAGGGGCCCGCUCAUCGGCCACAAAGUGCUGGGCACGUCGAUGGUGAUCAACGACGGUGCAACGCACAUGACGGAUUCGUCUGAGAUGGCGUUCAAGAAUGCCACGCAGCAGGCGUUCCGCAAGGCGUUCAUGGAAGCCAACCCGGCGGUGCUGGAGCCUAUCAUGAAGGUGGUGAUUACAGCGCCUACGGAGUUCCAGGGCAAUGUCGUUGGUCUCCUGCAAAAGCGCAAUGCGGUCAUCAGUGAUUCCGAGACGGAUGUCGAAGACUUUACGUGCUAUGCGGAUGUCAGUCUGAACGGAAUGUUUGGAUUCAGUGGCAAUCUGCGGGCGGCGACGCAAGGAAAGGGCGAGUUCAGUAUGGAGUUCAGCCAUUAUGCGCAGACGCUGCCGCAGUUGCAAAAAGAGUUGGUUGCGAAGUACCUCAAGGCGCAGAGCGAGAGGAACAAGAAGUGA